AUGGCGUCAGCUAAAUCGUCGUCAAAGUCGAAUUUACGAAUCGAGUGUUCUGUCCAACCAUUGGAUCUUUCGUUUCAUCCAGAGCGUGAGACUAUUGUAGCAGCAGCUUUGGUGGACGGAACCCUGGAAGUCCACGAUUUUGAAGCGUUACUCUCCUGUCAAGACGCGAAACCAAAAGCCGACCAGGACGACGAUGACGACGAAGACGACACAAUCCUCUCUUCCACUGCCGUUCAUACACAAAAUAUUCCAGUUCCCAACAGAAAUGGCGACAGCACGACAAAUGUUGCCACGAAGAAUGCUUCCUGUCGGACUGUCCUGUUUUCUAACAACCAAGGGCAUCGACUGUUCACAGGUGGAAGUGCCGGUGAUGUGGUCUGCAUAGAUGCCUCGAGAGUUUGUUCCUUUUCUUCCAAAACUGCGAAUUCAAUUCUGUGGAGAAUUGAAGAAGCGAGUGUGGGCACAUCGUUGCACAAUCCACUGCAUGUUCUGCACCAGUUGCCAGCCACUUGUUGCAAAGGAAACUUGAUUGUCUCGGGAGAUGACCAUGGCGGAGUGCGAUUGUGGGAUGAACGGCUCCUUGAUACCAAAACAACAAAAGGAUCCAAUCAGAUGCAGAGGAACAACCAGAGACAAUCAUCGGAUUCUGCCUUGAAGCUACCAAAAGGCUGUGUCUUGUCAUGGAAAGAACACAACGACUACAUUUCAGAUUUGACUCAUUCGGAGGAUGGAAACACUCUUGUGGCAACUUCAUCCGAUGGAUGUUUGUCCGUCUUUGACAUUCGAAAAUCUUCCACUUCCAACAUUCUGCAAAACAGUCAGUACGUCAAAAAGUCAGAUCCUCAGGAUGAUGAACUCUUGAGUGUGGCAAUCCUCAAACACGGCAGAAAAAUUGUCGCAGGAACACAUGAAGGAGUUGUGGCGGUCUGGAGCUGGGGUACCUGGGGAGACAUUAGCGACAGGUUUCCCACUGUCUGUCCAAAGGGGACCAGCAUGGACGCCAUUCUCAAAAUGGACGAAGACACUUUUUUGACGGGGACUUCCGAUGGGCGCAUCAGGGUUGUCACAAUCCAUCCAAACAAGGUAUUGGGGUCUUUGGGGGAUCACGACCACGGGUUUCCCAUUGAGGCCUUGGGCUUUUCUGCAAAUCGCAAGUACGUGGGUAGUGUCAGUCACGAUCCCUACAUUCGCUUGUGGGAUACCAAAAAUUUAAUUCUACAUGACGAUGAUGAGGAAGACGAGGAGGAAGACAAACAAGACGACAAGCCACGGAAACGACCGGCUCCUGCAGCCGCCGCCGCUGCAGCCAAAGUCAACAAGGGUGCCAAAAAGCUCAAAACGAAAAAUGAGGAGUUCUUUUCGGAUUUGUAG